AUGCCAGCCGAAUUUCAGCCUCCAAACAAGGACAUUCCAGUUGCACCACCACCAUGGACCCUCAAAUCUAAAUCAUGGAUGUACUGCUAUCGCGACCUUGACAACAAAACCGUCGCCGCCGCUGCUGAUACCGACAAUGCAGCAUAUAUAGACGAAAACCCAAACAACUGUGAAGAGAUCCUUCAAGGCGUCCUGGCUAACGGUGCUUACCAUCCAUGUGAAGUCGUACAUCCCGAUGCCUUGCGCAGGGUUGAUGGGAAACCACAGCACAAUGGUAUCUUCAGCGGGCUAGUGAAAGCUCUCGUCAUUGUUCGAUAUCAAGACUCAGACGUUGGCCCCUACGACGAGUUGAUAGUUUCACCUGGAUUUUUCGUGAAUCCGCAUACGGGCAAACGAUAUGCAAGGAUUACCAAUAUCUACGUUUCUACUGAUGCGAGUGUAUGGAAUGGACGGAGAAACUGGAACAUUCAGAAACAUCGAGCUCGGUUCAUAUGGGAGCCUGUCGGUGGAAAGGGGGAUCAAUUGCUGAAGAUGUAUCAUCCGGAAGAUUGUACAAAACCGCUAAACCCUAAGAUUCCGUUUUUUACAGCGAUAUUGAAAAGAUCAUCGCUACCAUCUGUGCCUCUACCGCGCAUAUCAAUCGCUAGCCUUGUGCAACCUCCUCUAGCAGCGCCCAGGUAUCCGUCCGGGGUUGCAAGCGCGGUGAUUGCGACUGAUGAUCCAGAAAAUGGCAGGGAGAACCCGUGGCUGUUGACUAAACCGAUGUACAAGGGCUCAUGGGGAUUGGCGUAUAUUUCGCACCUGGAUGAGACGGACGAUGCGCGGUUGGAAGGGUAUGGUGAUGGGGUCGGGUUUCCGCAGAUGAAGAUUGUACCAAUCGGUGCUUAUUUUGAGGGGACGAUAGAAUUUGGAUUGCCUGAAGUUCGUGGAAAUAUCUUUUUGCUGAAUGAAGAUGAAAUAUUUUAA